AUGACUCCCGUUUCACAGUGGAAGGUCAGGAAAUACUCAGGAAAUGACCAUGCACUAGGACUCAACGAGUUCUUGUCCCACAUUGAACAACUCGCGCUGUCUGAACACGCGACCGAAUUGGACCUGUUUGAUUCAGCGGUGCACCUUUUUGAAGGUGCCGCUCUUAGUUGGUAUACUUCGUGUAGAAAUCAACGCUUGUUACAUAAUUGGCCACAAUUGGUACAGGAACUGCAAAACGAGUUCAGACACCCUGAUCUCGACUCGGUCUUACGUACCAAGAUCUACCAAACGCGCCAGCAGAAGGGGGAAUCAUUUCAGCAGUAUUAUCUGCAAGUGAACAAGCUGUUCCAAGCAAUGAGUCACCCCCUGGCAGACUCCGAAAAGCUCGAGGUUCUAAAAACCAAUUUGAGGUAUGAUUGUCGCAAGGCACUGGUGGGUAAGAAUGUUACCACACUUAGGGAGCUGUUGACGAUCGGUAAAGAUUUGGACGCAACAGAUUUUUCCGCCUUUACCAAAGUUUUCGGGCCUCCUAAGAGGGAAACCUGUGCAAUUGACUACAACAGUCGAAACGCUACGGGUAGCAAGACUUUUGUCAAUCAAAAUCGACAAAGAGGUUCACCAGCAAUUCCGAAAAACUCAAAGCCCGAAUCAAACAAUUCUAAACCCGAUUCUAAACCGGUGCCAACUUCAAAGCGGAACCCAUUCGAAAAGGCAGGGAAGUCAGAAGGGUCACCGCCUGACCCAAAACCGGGGCCGAGUAAACCGAGUGCUCUUUUAAAACUGAUCUCCAAUUACUCUCCACCCGAGGAAGGGCAAUGUUUCAACUGUCGAGAGUAUCACAACCUCUCCGAAUGUCCAAUUCCCAGAAGGGUAUUCUGCAAUCGGUGUGCGUUAAUUGGUUUCACGACCAACAAUUGCCCAUACUGUUUAAAAAAACGGGCUGGGGAAGCCCUAAAGUCGCAGGGUCCCCACGCAGCGCGAUCGGGAGAAGCUCCAGAAAUGUGGUUGCCAGAUCUCUAUCAACUAUACGAUCAGAGAUCGGAAGAAGAGGAUGAGGAAGAUAGGAGCUUAUCCCAAAUUCAUAAAAUAACCCUGAACAGCAUUACUGAUGAUAGACCCCAUGCACAGCUUAAGAUUUUUGAUAUCACUGUCAAUGCCCUCCUCGAUUGUGGUAGCAAUCUUACGUUUAUCAACGCAGCUGUUUUCCAAAAGCUAAAGAACGUACAGUUGAGGGAGCCAGCUCAGGAGGUAGAACUUCGAACUGCGGACGGCUCCUCGUUAGAAAUUCUUGGUGAGGUCCACCUCCCAUUUUCUUUCAAUGGUAAGACAAGGGUGUUGCCCACCUUAGUAGCGCCUCGUCUAACUAAAGACUGUAUUUGCGGGAUGGAUUUUUGGAGGCUGUUUCGGAUUUAUCCAGCCAUUUCCACCAUUACGCGAAAAGGGACGGCAGACGAACCUAUUUCUGCAACCCCUCCGCAGAGUUUGAGUGAAGCUCAGCAGCAGAGGUUGGAAAAAUUGAAGCUGCAGUUCAAAACACCUGCUUUGAAUACGCUCGACACAACGCCUAUUUGCGAACAUGAAAUCGUUCUUAAAGAGGAAAGCAAACUGUGUAAACCGAUUCGCCUCUACCCAUACCCCAUAGCGCCCAAAAUUCAAACGGGUUUAUUUGAGGAGAUUGAUCGAUUACUCGAAAUCGGAAUAAUCGAAGAAUCCAACUCCGAUUGGUCACUUAACAUAGUACCAAUCCGAAAAGCCUCAGGGGCUAUUCGGCUUUGUCUCGACGCUCGCAAGCUCAACGAGAGGACCGUGCGUGACGCCUAUCCCCUUCCGCACCCUGGACGCAUUCUCGGCCGCUUGCCUCGCGCCAAUUACCUUUCAACCAUUGAUCUCACGGAGGCCUUCUUGCAGAUUCCACUGGCCCGGAAAUCAAGAAAGUAUUGUGCGUUCAGCGUGCAAGGGAAGGGGAUGUUCCAGUUCACCCGCCUUCCAUUCGGUUUGAUCAACAGCCCGGCCACGCUGGCCCGAUUGAUGAACCGAGUGUUAGGCCACGGUGUCCUGGAACCGAAUGUCUUCGUGUACUUAGACGACAUCGUCAUAGUCACGGAGACAUUCGAGGAACACGUCCGGCUUCUCGAAGAGGUUGCGAGACGUUUGAGAGAGGCAAAUCUCUCGAUAAAACUUGAAAAGUCCCACUUUUGCCUGAGUGAAAUCCCCUUCUUGGGUUAUAUACUUUCCUCUCAGGGUUUGAGAAUCAACCCUGAGAAGAUAAGGCCCAUAGUAGAGUUUGAACGUCCCACGACAAUCACCAAACUCCGCCGAUUUCUCGGGAUGUCAAAUUACUAUCGGAGGUUCAUCCCCGAAUAUAGUAAGACCACCGCAGCCCUCUCAGAGCUUCUGAAGUCCGCUUCGAAGUCAGUGAGAUGGACACCGGAGGCGGAGGAAGCAUUUCAGGCAAUAAAGGAGAAAUUAAUCACUUCUCCGGUGCUUUCAAGUCCCGACUUUGACCAGAACUUUAUCAUACACACCGACGCGAGCGAUCUCGCCGUCGCCGGAGUGUUGACACAAAGGAUUAAUGACCAGGAGCGGGUAAUCGAGUAUUUUUCUAAAAAGUUGACGACGCAAGAGCGUGCGUACCAUGCCACCGAAAAGGAGGGGCUGGCCACUCUGCUAUCAAUAGAACACUUCCGAGGCUAUAUUGAAGGUAGCCCGUUCGUACUGGUCACUGACUCGUCCGCAUUGACUUUUAUCAUGCGUACGAAGUGGAAGACUUCUUCGCGACUGAGUCGCUGGAGUCUUUCGCUUCAAAUGUACGACAUGACGAUUGUGCAUCGGCGCGGCAAAGACAAUGUCGUGCCCGAUGCGCUUUCAAGAAGCGUAAUGUCAAUAUCGGCCACUUCACCAUCUUCAUGGUACACGGACCUGAAACUCUCUGUCCUAAACCGACCCGACGACUAUCCCGAUUUUCGAGUGGAUGGAGAUCAACUGAAGAAGGCAAACGCCCGGCUGCUGCCAAGUUUUGCUUCGUUGUGGAAGUGUCUCCGGGAAUCCAUACCCGGCUACUACGCACCGUCCUCCGUCACCUCGGAGUUUUCAAUCGGGAUCAAAUCGGCCGUCACAGCUGAGAGCCGUCCCCGAGUCGCCGAGCCGGAUAUCGAAAGCCCCAGUGAGCCAUUCCGCACCCUGUUCCUACGCUCCGCUCUCUGCCAGCUCCGUCAGCUGCCGGAUUCUUCGAGCCAAGUCAAGCCAGCCGCCCCUAUCGAUCACCGUCCACGUGGCCCCAGACCAGAUACCGAAGGGCAACCCGGCUACCUAUCUCCGGCCUACACCAUCCCUGUUCCUCCGACCAACGCCAAAGCGGUCGGCACAGCGGGCCACAAGACGCCCGUUAGCGCUCAACUUCCACGUGCCGCCGGCGGAGUACACAGCCCGGUCGAUCCCAGACCGCCAAGCAUCGACCCCCUAUCGACGUUCAUCCGCCGGACCGACGGACGACGCACAACCGUGCACCAUAGCUUCGGCACCAAGCGAAUCCAUUGCCAUCGUUGA